AUGGCUCCGCGCCGCUUCUUGCUCCUGGCCGUGGCCGCCUCGCUCGGCGCAGCUAGUGCUGCCGCCUCUGUUGACUACACACCGUAUGUCCGGGCUUCCGUCUGCUCGGACAGCAACUACACCGACGGCAGCCCGUACGAGGUCCAGCUCGACAACCUUCUCCACGACCUCCGGGACGGCGCAAUUGGGAAUGGCGGCUUCUUCCAGACCGACAAAGGCCACUGGCCAACCCAUGUAUACGGCCAGGCCAUGUGCUACGUCGACUGCGACUGGUCAAUGUGUGAGCUCUGCCUGCAGGUGGCGCCGUCCUACGUGAUGACCAAAGGAUGCCCGAACAACAAAAGGGGCGCCAUCAUGUACGACUGCUGCUACCAACGCUACUCAGACGAGCAAUUCUUCGACCACGGCGACUUCUUCGAACAUGGGAUGAGCGCACAAGGUGGGAGCAACGGCGACGACGCGGUCUCCAUGAACCAGACGAUGUGGGAGCUGGUGACCGGGCUCAUAGCGGAGGCUGCGGGGUCGCCGCGGCGGAUCGCCAACGGGAGCCAGACGUACGUGGACUCGAGAGGUAACUCCCAGGUGAUGUACGGCCUGGUGCAGUGCGCCCUAGGCUUUUCGCCGAGCGAGUGCACCAACUGUCUUAACACCACACUGGCGAGCAUGCCCGGAACCGCCACCACCGCUAAGUUCAGGAGGUACGGCUGCUACAUCACCCACGCGCCCGAUCCCAUCGACGUCUCCACGCCUCGUCCGCAAUCUGCAGGAGGUCCGCGCCGCCCAAACCGACGGCUCGUCGUGGCGGUGUGCGCCGCUUCGGGUUCCGUCUUCAUGUUGAUCUGCAUCAGCAUCUCGGUACGGCUCCUUUUGCGCCGUCUAGAGAGAAGAACUCAUUCUCCCAGGGUAGCGUCUAACGAAGCCGAUGAGGCCAUGGAACACGAGUUCAGGCAAGGGACCGGGCCCAGGCGAUUCUGCUACAGCGAGCUGGCAGCUGCCACGGACAACUUCUCGGACGCCAAGAAGCUCGGAGAAGGCGGGUUCGGCCCAGUGUACAGAGGGUUCCUGAAGGACCUGAGGAUGGAGGUGGCUAUCAAGAGAGUGUCCAAGGGCUCUAGGCAAGGGAGGAAGGAGUACGCCUCCGAGGUGAGGGUAAUAAGCCGGCUUCGGCACCGCAACCUCGUGCAGAUCAUUGGCUGGUGCCACGCCGGCCGCGAGCUCCUCCUAGUCUACGAGCUAAUGCAAAAUGGCAGCCUCGAUCUUCACCUUUACAGUGCGGACAAUGUACUAUGGUGGCCAGUCAGGCAUAGGAUCGUGCUGGGGAUCGGCUCUGCGCUUCUCUACCUGCACCAAGACUGGGAGCAGUGCGUCCUGCACAGGGACAUCAAGACGAGCAAUGUGAUGCUGGACGCGUCGUUCAACGCCAAGCUCGGCGACUUCGGGCUCGCCAGGCUCGUCGACCACGACAGAGGGGCGCACACGACGGAGCUCGCCGGCACGCUGGGGUACAUGGACCCCGAGUGCACCAUCACCGGCAGAGCCAGCACCGAGUCGGAUGUCUACAGCUUCGGUGUCGUCUUGCUCGAGAUCGCGUGCGGACGGAGGCCUACCACGGCUCGACCGGACGGCACGCUCAUCCACCUGGCACAGCGGGUGUCAGAGCUGCAUGGGCAAGGGAGGAUACUUGACGCGGCCGACCCACGGCUGGAUGGCAACUUCGAUCUCCAAGAGAUGGAGUGCGUGCUGGUAGUCGGCCUCUGGUGCGCGUGCCAUGAUCAGAGCCUAAGGCCGUCCAUAAGGCAGGCCGUCAAUGUGCUACGACUGGAGGCGCCGCUCCCCGAGAGGAUGCCGCCGGUUGGCCAAGCGGCCGGCCCUCUUCUCAUGCCGGACUCCGAUAGUACGGGUCACAGCUCCAGCUCCACUCAGCAGCUAAUAUGA